UCCCGCUGAACAGGACCUAAGGACUUCUUUGUGUUCAGUGAGUAUCAGCUGUGUGAGGCCUGCAGACACGAGGUCUGUCCUGGCCUGAGAGCAACAGAUCCACCUCCUGAGCAUUGAGACCCACCCUGAACUCUGUGCUCCCAACCCCAUUGAGUUCCUGAUUCAGGCUGAGAGCUGAGAAGACCCGAGGAGCAGAUGGCUUCAACUGGCCUUGAACUCCUUGGCAUGACCCUGGCAGUGCUAGGCUGGCUAGGGACCCUGGUAUCCUGUGCUCUGCCACUGUGGAAGGUGACUGCCUUCAUCGGCAACAGCAUCGUUGUGGCCCAGGUGGUGUGGGAGGGGCUGUGGAUGUCCUGCGUGGUCCAGAGCACUGGCCAGAUGCAGUGCAAGGUGUACGACUCCCUGCUGGCACUGCCCCAGGACCUGCAGGCUGCCAGAGCCCUCUGUGUUGUUGCCCUUCUGCUGGCUUUGCUGGGCCUGCUGGUGGCUAUCACGGGUGCCCAGUGCACCACAUGUGUGGAGGAUGAAGGUGCCAAGGCUCGAAUUGUGCUCACUGCAGGGGUCCUCCUCCUCCUCUCCGGCAUCCUAGUGCUCAUUCCUGUCUGCUGGACAGCCCAUGCUAUCAUCCAGGAUUUCUAUAACCCACUGGUGGCAGAAGCCCUCAAGAGAGAGCUGGGGGCCUCCCUCUACCUGGGCUGGGCAGCAGCUGCACUACUCAUGCUGGGUGGAGGGCUCCUCUGCUGUACGUGUCCCCCAUCCCAUUUCGAGCGACCCCGUGGACCCAGGCUGGGCUACUCUAUCCCUUCCCGUUCAGGUGCUUCAGGACUGGAUAAGAGAGACUAUGUGUGAGGCUAAGGCUUCUUCUGGAAGCUAGAACCUGCAGCUUUAUGCCCAGGCACUGGGCCGCACCCUUGCAUAUCUUCAUCAACCUCUUGUGCCAGGGAAGCUCACUUCUGUUUGGUGAGGACCUGGCUCUAGGGGAACCUCAUCUGGUCUGUCCUGAGCCAACCCUUUGCAGUGGUUGCAACCUUGAGAAAGCGCC